UUUAGGGAUGGAAUAGCUUGAGUUAUAAUAUGAGACAUGCCAUGGGGCGCAUACGCAACUCAAAGGAAGGACAUACAGUCCGAUGCUGGUUUGUUUGUUAGCUUCCAUGGUACACAACUGAACGUACUUGAAGUACUGUACCAGACUCUCUACACUGGACGAAAUCUAUCCCGAAUAGUCCCAAACCUCGCAAGAACAAAUUAAAAUAGCUAACACCAAUGAUAAAAGGUAUAAGUCGGAUUUGAUAUGGC